AUGAGCAACCCAAGUGGCGGUGGAAGCCGACAGGAAUGGGCAGAACUGCAGCAGGAAACAACUUCAUCACACGUUUCGUAUAUCGGCUUUGGAGAUCGUUUAAUCAGGAAGCUUUUACAAAGUGUAGGACCAGCCACGAAAGUUCAUUGGAUUAUUAACGGACGACAACUAAAAAUUGGAUUUGGCUUUUUUACCGUGAAAUGGCCACCGAACAACCUUAUUACUCUAUCCAGGAAUGAGCAGGCUUAUCCCGGUGAGGAACGGAAAACACAAAAAUGCAAAAUUUUGGGACAUCGCUCUUCGUAUAAACAAGCCGAGCAACUAAUUGAGUAUUUGGAAGAGAUAACGGAUUCCGACGACGCCGUACAACAGAGCCGAGGAGCGCGAUGCCGACCGCCGAAAAAGCUGGAAAAAAUACCAAUGAAUUUGUACAGCUUGAAGCCAAAAAACAAGGCAGCGAAUAAUUUGUGCAUCACUGAUGUACAGCUCAAAUUAAAUGAAAUAAAUCCAACACCAAAUAUUGUUAUACCAGAAGGUGCAAUGGGUAAAGCGGAUAGGAAUUUUCAUACAUCAAACGAUCAGGCGGACUCGAUUGCAAUAGAAAAUUCCAGUCAAGCAGAAUUUUGUGUGUAGGGUGAAACAGAAUUUAUUUGUAUCAAUGAACCGCCUUACCUGACGGAAUUAGUACAAACAGAUCAAUCAAACGGUAUCGAUGAGGAAAACGAUCAGCAAUAUUAUCAAAUUCAUGAGUCGGAUAGGUUGACUCAAAUUGAGGCUAAAAUCGAUACACAGCAAGCAGUUUUGGAGAAAAUACUUUGCUUUAUGGCAAAUAUAAACAAACUUUCGGAGUAUCAGCAGCCUGCACGGGAAAAAGAACAUGUAGCCAAAGCUGAAAAUUUUACUGAAUUCGAAAGCAUGAAAAAAAUUGAAACUGAUGAAGAGCUACACGCGCUAGAAGAGUGUCUAAAAAAUACAGAUUUCGAAGGCAAAUAUUUCAGGUAUUUCCAUACAGUCUAUAACCUCAAACGAAAAAAAGAAGGAGCUCCCUUUUUUCGAACUGUUAUAAGAAAAUUAAUUAAUCCUACGGUUUUAUUGGAUUAUUCAUGGAAAGAAAACAGUCGGGCUAAACAAAAUACGAUUGAAGCAACGAAGAAUAAAAGUUUCAGGGACAGUUUUCCCCACAUAGUUGAAUUUUUGAACCGUGUAGUUGAAGCUGCAGAUUUCGAAUACACCAAGGAACAAAACGAGAAGGUUUUCAGUGAUUUUUUGAGACAAAAACUAACAGAGGUGAAACGAUAUGGCUCCGGUCAAUCAGUAAAACGGGUUGCGUGUAAGCGCAAAAGAAAGAUCAACGAUUUAUUACAUACCGCAAGCACAGAAGAAGUGG